CGGCUCGUCGGUCCCGCUGCGGGGCGGCGGCGCCUUUGUUGCGGCCGGGCCGGGCCGGCGCUGCCCUUUGUGUGCGGAUGGUGGACGCUUGCGGCCGCCCGGCCGAGGGCUGCAGGAGGAUGGAGGUUCCGCCCGACGCCGCGGACCUGGUGCCCCUGGACCGCUACGACUCGGCGCGGGCCAAGAUCGCCGCCAACCUGCAGUGGAUCUGCGCUAAGGCUUAUGGCCUAGAUAACGUCCCCGAGGACCUCCGGGACCCUUUCUAUGUGGACCAGUACGAGCAGGAACACAUCAAGCCGCCCGUCACGAAGCUGCUGCUGUCCAGCGAGCUGUACUGCCGCGUGUGCGGCCUUAUCCUCACGGGGGACCAGGCAGCCGCCUUACAGGGCCACCAGGCUGUCAUCCAGGCCCUCUCCAGGAAAGGGAUCUAUGUGAUGGAGAGUGACGACACCCCUGUGACGGAGCCAGACCUCAGCCGCGCCCCCAUCAAGAUGAGUGCCCACAUGGCGAUGGUGGACGCCCUCAUGAUGGCCUACACCGUGGAGAUGAUCAGCAUUGAGAAGGUGGUGGCCAGUGUCAAGCGCUUCUCCACGUUCAGCGCGUCACAGGAGCUGCCCUACGACCUGGAGGACGCCAUGGUGUUCUGGGUCAACAAGGUGAAUCUUAAAAUGAGAGAAAUAACAGAGAAAGAAGUUAAGUUAAAGCAGCAGCUGCUGGAGAGCCCGGCUCAUCAGAAGCCUGCCCACUCCCUGGCGCAUGCCCUGCCGCACUGCAUGCCGGAACCUCUGAGCUUUGCAUGUGUAGUCCGCUAUCGGCGAGAGCCCCUGUCGGCCCGGCAGUGCCCUUACUUCCCGUGGGUGGAGGACCUGAUGCGAGACGGCAGUGAUGGCGCCGCCCUCCUGGCCGUCAUCCACUACUACUGCCCGGAGCAGAUGAAGCUGGACGACAUCUGCCUGAAGGAGGCGCCGUCGCUGGCCGACACCCUGUACAACAUCCGGCUGCUGAGAGAGUUCUCCAACGAGCACCUCAACAGGUGCUUCUACCUCUCCCUGGAGGACAUGGUGUACGCACCUGCCGUGCUCAAGCCCAACGUGAUGGUGUUCAUCGCUGAGCUCUUCUGGUGGUUCGAGAGCGUCAGGCCUGAUUUUGUCCAGCCCAGGGACGUGCAGGAACUGAAGGGUGCUAAGACAGUGCACCAGCAGAAGAGCAGCCGGCCCCCGGUGCCCAUCUCCAAUGCCACCAAGCGCAGCUUCCUGGGCAGCCCUGCUGAGCAGCCGCCCGCCGCCCUGGCAGCCGAGGGCUGCCACCGCUGCCAUCUGCACCCCGAAGAGGCCGAGUAUCCUGGGAGAGGACCCCCCGCCGGCCCGGCCCACCCCCUGCUACCACUGAGGCAGAGGCAGCAGAAGGCGGUGCAGGGACAGGACUCCCCGGAUCAGCGACAUCGCUCCAACUCCCUAACCCGUGUCGACGGCCAGCCGCGGGGCUCGGCGGUGGCGUGGCCGGAGAAGGCCAGGCCUGUGUCCCAGCCCACACCGUCCACUCUCCCCCAUGCUGCCAGCUGUGACGUGGACCCUGGUUCUGGCGACAGCGUCAGCUUGGCCCGCUCCAUCAGCAAGGACAGCCUGGCAUCCAGCAUUGUCCACCUGACCCCACAGAACCGGCCUCAGGCCGCAGCUGCCAAGGCCAAUGGCAAGAGCCUGCUGAACCACGUCAGCAUCGAUGACGAGGACGAGGAGCUCGUGGCCAUCAUUGGGACAGACGGGGCUCCCCGCCAUGGGGACCCCGAAGGUCCCAGGGCCUCACCCCGGGCCCCAGGCCUGAUGAUGAGUGCCAGGUGCCCCCCACGGCAGGCAGAGGCCCCGGACACUCAGCCCGACAGCUUCUUCUUGGAACCCUUGACGCCGGCAGUGCUGAAGCCAGCAAAGGAGAAGCAGGUCGUCACCAAGGAGGAUGAGCUUGGAGAAGGGAGGCCCAGGGGCAGCACGGCCAAGAGGGCCAGCGAGGGCCGCCAGGCGCCGGGGCGCAGGAGGCUGGUCGGCGCGCCUGGCGGCCAUGACCUGAAUAGGACAUUCACCCCGAUACCCUGCCCCGAAUCUCCAGAGCCGAAGGGUGCGGGGGCCACGGGAGAGGCUGCCAGGGGGCCCCUGGCCCUCGGGCCGCUGGAGCUGACCUCUCGGGACCAGUCUGCCGGUGGCUUCUUCCUUCACGUAGGCAGGGCCGCUGAAGACUUGGGGGGCAGGAUCCACGUCAGCCCCCGGAGCCCCGAGCCGUGGACCCCGCUGAGGCAGGGCUCCGACUCGGACGGCGGGGACACCGAGGACAUGGAGCAGCUCUUCCUGGGCGAGGACCAGGCUGCGGCCGUGCUGCGGUACGCCGGCGAGGAGGAGUCCGCCAAGCUGCAGGAGGACAUGAAGGUGAAGGAGCACGAAGACAAGGACGACGCGAGUGGCCGCUCCAGCCCGUGUCUGAGCACGGCCUCCCAGCUCAGCAGCGUGUCUGUGGCCAGCGGCAGCGUCAAGAUGACCAGCUUCGCCGAGAGGAAGCUGCAGAGACUCAACAGCUGCGAGACCAAGUCGAGUACCAGCAGCUCCCAGAAGACCACGCCGGACGGGUCGGAGAGCUGCCCGCCCCCCCUGACCACCUGGAGGCAGAAGAGAGAGCAGAGCCCUGGGCGGCACGGCAAGGACGCCGCCAGCCUGCUGGCCUCCGAGCUGCUCCAGCUGCACAUGCAGCUGGAGGAGAAGCGCCGGGCCAUCGAGGCCCAGAAGAAGAAGGUGGAGGCCCUGUCGGCCAGGCAGCGCCUGCAGCUGGGCAAGGCCGCCUUCCUGCACGUGGUGAAGAAGGGCAGGGCCGACGGCGCCCCGCAGCCACCCACGCCGGGGCGCUGCGGGCGGGAGCUCUCGCCGCACAACGGGGGGGACCCGGACGCCGGCCCUGCCAAGGCAGAAGCCUUUCUGCUGAGGGAGAGGCUGAGCGAGGACCUCGUGGGCGAGACUCGAGACGUGGAUGCGGCCAGCCUGGCCCUGCUGCAGUCCAGGCCCAGGGAGCCCGCCACGCUGCACGACAUGGAGAGGACCAAGGCGCUGUCGGCCGCGCUCCUGGAGGACGGCCUGGGCGAGGUGGCGGACGUGGGCGAGUGUGAGCUGUCCAUCGAGAAGCUGAACGAGACCAUCAGCACGCUGCAGCAGGCCAUUCUCAAGAUCUCCCAGCAGCAGGAGCAGCUGCUGCUCACGGCCCCGGCUGUGCCCGUGCCCAGGAGCCACGCGCAGGACCAGAAGGCGAAGGCUUCCGUCCACUUCAUCGAGCCACUCUCCCCGACUGCAGUGCCUGGGCACCGGAAGCCGCCUCGCCUCGGCCAGGGCCGGAGUUGCCGUGCAGGGAGGCCCGCGGAGCUGAAGGUCCCCAAGGACAGGCAGGGCUCCUCCCGCAGUAAGACCCCCACCCCCAGCGCCGAGAGCCUCCCGCACCUGCGCCCUUUCCCCGCAAACAGCCACCCGCGAACGCCCUGUGACCCCGACAGUGCUGCGGACUCGGGGGGCGACCCCCCAGAGAAGAGUCUGCUGGACAGCUAUAGGCUUCAUGACGAGAGCAACCAGCGGGCCUUGGCCGUGCCCCCCACCAAGGACCCCAACAUCCUCGCGGAGCAGCUGGGCACCAGGGAGACAGGGCCGGGUUCCUCGGACCUCCCUGCCAAGGAGGCCGUGCCCCCCGACGAGCCGCUGAGGGGCAAAGCCAGCCUCAUCGAGGUGGACCUCUCGGAGCUGAAGGCCCCCGAGGAGGACAGCGGCGAGGCGGAGCAUGAGCAGGCCCUGGAGCUCCCCGGCGAGGGCGACCAGAAGCCUGGCGUUGGCUUCUUCUUCAAGGAUGAACAGAAGGCCGAGGACGAGCUGGCCAAGAAGCGGGCCGCCUUCCUCCUGAAGCAGCAGCGCAAGGCCGAGGAGGCUCGCGUGCGCAAGCAGCAGCUCGAGGCCCAGGUGGAGCUGAGGCGGGACGAGGCCCGGCGUAAAGCUGAGGAAGACCGCGUGCGGAAGGAGGAGGAGAAGGCCCGGCGCGAGCUCAUCAAGCAGGAGUACCUGCGGAGGAAGCAGCAGCAGAUUCUAGAAGAGCAGGGGCUGGGCAAGCCCAAGACGAAGGCCAAAAGGCCGCGGCCCAAGUCGGUGCACCGGGAGGAGUCGUGCAGCGACUCCGGGACCAAGUGCUCCUCCACCCACAACCUGAGCCGGGCCCAGUCGGGCUCCAACCUGUCCUUGGCCUCGGCGGCGACCACGGAGCCCGAGAGCGUCCACUCGGGGGGCACCCCGUCUCAGCGAGUGGAGUCCCUGGAAGCCUUGCCCAUCCUGAGCCGCAACCCGAGCCGCAGCACUGACCGAGACUGGGAAACAGCGUCGGCCGCAUCCUCCCUGGCCUCGGUGGCCGAGUACACAGGCCCCAAGCUCUUCAAGGAGCCAAGCAGCAAGUCCAACAAGACCAUCAUUCACAACGCUGUCUCCCACUGCUGCCUGGCGGGCAAGGUCAACGAGCCACACAAGGACUCGGUGUUGCAGGAGCUGGAGAAGUGCGACGCCAACCACUACAUCAUCCUCUUCCGGGACGCCGGCUGCCAGUUCCGGGCCCUGUACUGCUACUACCCCGACACCGAGGAGAUCCAGAAGCUCACGGGCACGGGCCCCAAGAGCAUCACCAAGAAGAUGAUUGACAAGCUGUACAAGUACAGCUCGGACCGCAAACAGUUUAACUUGAUUCCGGCCAAAACCAUGUCUGUCAGUGUGGACGCGCUCACCAUCCACAGCCACCUGUGGCAGCCGAGGCGGCCGGCGGCGCCCAAGAAGGGCCAGAGCCGCAAGUGACGCACGGCCACCCCGCGUCCAUCACUGUCAGCCCUUUGGGUACGAGUGCAGAGUCGGUCCUUUCCCCAGAGAUUCUGGACAGCGAGAGGAGCGUGGCCCCAGGCUCCCGCACGGCAGCCAUGCGGGCAGGGGCGAGGGGCGUCCAGAGGGCUAGCCAGGUGGACCCCUCCGCAGCCCCUGUGCACGUGGCCUGAUGCCCCAGGGCUGGCCAGCCGCGACCUCGGCGCACGCAGGGCGAGACCCGGUCUCGGCUCAGGGGGCGUGCGUGCCUAGCGGGGGCGUUCCCGGUGGGACGCUGUCCGUUACAGAGUUCUACUGCCAACAUUUCUAUCCGGUUCUAAGGUUUUGAAGAAUCUUGUCGUUCUUGCUGCUUCGAGAAAGUUUACUGAGAAACCAAGUUUACGGAAGCACUGGCCCUGCAGCCCGCCACGCUCGGGCAGUUACAGGUACAGGAGGCUGCGUGACGGUACGCGGGCUGGCGACGGCCAGCUGCAGUCGGUACUGCUCUGAGGGUGAGCCCUUCAAUACAGGGCCGGGCGCUGGCUAGGGCUCGGCCUGAGCCCGUGUGACGGACCGAGCUGUGCGGGCGCCAGCAUCUGCUCCGGGAGAGGCCGCUUCCCUAGCUCUGCUGCGGCUGGGGUCUCGUCGGGGGGACGUCCCUGCGUCCCCUCGUCCCACGCGGCUGCACGUGGCAGGUGUGGCGGCCGGCAGCCUGAGAUGCAGUUUGCUGGCGUGGUUUUGCACAUACGUUUGGGAGUGUUACUUGAAUCCGGCCUGCGGACACCAUCAGCGGGGCGAGAUGAGGACGUGGGAGCACUAACCGAGGGCGUGUGUGUGAGGCGGGGCUCGCACGGCUGCCGAGCCUGCCUGGUGCUUCCCGUGCCAGCUCCACGGGCGCCGGGGUGGGCGUCCCAGGUGGGCCCCGCGCCCACGCUUCCCUGUGUGCUUGUGUCACGCUGUUGGACAGUAUAUGACCGUAUUUAUUGUAAGAAAGCACUACAGUGUAAUAAAGGAAUGAGCCAA